AUGGUCCAAAGCCUCUUCCUCCUCGCCGCAGCAGCGGGCGUCGCCCAAGCCCACUUCGGCAUCGAGUACCCCCCGAUGCGGUACAACACGCUCGGCAGCCAAAAAAACACCACCUACUCCCAAUGGAUCAACCCCUGCGCCGGCGUCCCCGGCAACCUGACCACCUCCCCCCUCACCCCCUGGCCCCUCACCGGCGGCAGCCUCAAACUGGACCUGCACCACCCCUGGACCUACAUCUUCGUCAACCUGGGCCUGGGGCCCGACGUCUCCAACUUCAACUACACGCUGACCAACCCCUUCUGGAACUCCACCGGCAACGGCACGCUGUGUGUUCCGCGGCUGACGCUGCCCGCCGACCUGCCCGUGCGGGACGGGUCGGAGGCGAGUCUGCAGGUGGUGACGGUGGGGGAGGACGGGAAUGCGCUGUAUAAUUGUGCGGAUGUGGUGUUUCGGGCGGAUGCGGAGGUGUUGGAGGGGGGCGAGUGUGAGAGUAGUGACGGGGUGGAGGUCGCGCCGGUGGUGGCGGGGGCGGGUGGUGCGGCGGGGAAUGCGGCGGUGGCCGGGAGGGGGGUGGACCGGGCGGCGGUGGUGUCGUCGGUUGUGGCGUUGGUGGGGGUGUUUGUUUUUGGGAUGGGCUUGUAG